GAAGAGUUUCAGAUAGAGGUAACAGGGUGUAAAAGCCUGUGUUAGCUUCACCAUCAGGUAAUUUCUCCCCUCCUUAGUAGAGAAGAUAUCUCUGGAUACGCCCUCAUGGCCCAAUAGAAACGGUCACCCUUUUCCCAGUAACUUUGAGUAAAGUCCCAGGGCGGAGGCUCAUUGGAUCCCUUUGGGUCACAUGCCCACGCUGGACCAAUCACGGUGCUCCAGAAAAUGGAGUGUUCUGAUUGGCUACUCUGGGGCAGGGCGGGCGCAAGUAUCCACCCCUUCCCCCCAAGCACUUACCUCUGUUCCAGUGUUAACCCUAGUUUAAGAAGCUGAGCCCAAGCAAAUAGCUUUCACGCUUUGUACUGGAAUUCCUGCUUCGGAUUCUCUGUCUCUCUCUCUGUCAAAAAUAAAAACUUUUUUAAAAAUCACAAAUUUCAACAUCCAGAAUGUUGUUUUACCAACAUGCCAGAAUAUAUGUAUGGUAUAUAUCGUCUGGCCACACUGCCUAGCACUGCGCACUCAACCGCCCGUCGCUAUUACGAUUAUUUAUUCCUACCCAGACUGGGAAGAGAUGUUGAUUAGCACGAUAAUACCAGUAUGUUACAUUUUUGGAAUAUUUGCUAUGUGCCAAACCGGAUUUGAUAGAUGAGAAGGCUGAAGCUCAGAUAAGCCACCUGUCCAGAGUCACACAGUAAGAAAGUGCAGAAACCGGCACUGUCCCUGACCCCCAAGCAGUCGCGGGGUCUCUAAGGGCCCCGCCCCCUCCCGCCGGGGCUGCAGGGCGGCCGCCUCCCGUUUAUCUCGGCCCAGGCUGCGUGUGGUCCCGCCCCCUCGGGGGAGCUGCCACUUGGAGGCGCCUGGCCGGGAAGGGCCUGGUCAGCUGUGUCCGGCGGAGGCAGCUGCUGACCCAGCUGUGGAUUGUGCCAGGGGCGGAAGGGGAGCAGGGGCCCUGCGCCCCCCGUGGCAGGGGGUUGCAUCAUGGAUCACCUCUGGGCGCCCCUCUGGCCUGGAGUCGGCUCUCUCUGUCUCUUGCUCGCUGGGGCCGCCUGGGCUCCCCCACCCAACCCCCUGGACCCCAAGUUCGAAAGUAAAGCGGCCCUGCUGGCUGCCCGCGGGCCCGAAGAGCUUCUGUGCUUCACCGAACGGUUGGAGGACCUGGUGUGCUUCUGGGAGGAAGCGGCAAGCGCGGGGGUCGGCCCCGACAACUACAGCUUCUUCUACCAGCUCGAGGGCGAACCGUGGAAGCCAUGCAGCCUGCACCAGGCGCCCACGGCUCGCGGCGCUGUGCGUUUCUGGUGCUCGCUGCCUACGGCCGACGCGUCGAGCUUUGUGCCCUUAGAGCUGCGCGUCACAGCCGUAUCCUCGGGCGCUCCACGCUAUCACCGUAUCAUCCACAUCAACGAAGUGGUGCUCCUGGACCCCCCCGCGGGGCUGCUGGCGCGGCGGGCCGACGAGGGCGGCCACGUGGUACUGCGUUGGCUCCCGCCUCCUGGAGCCCCCGUCGCAAGUCUGAUCCGCUACGAAGUGAACAUCUCCUCAGGCAACGUCGCAGGGGGCGCUCAGAAGGUGGAGAUCCUGGAUGGCCGCACUGAGUGCGCACUGAGCAACCUUCGCGGCCGAACGCGCUACACUUUUAUGGUUCGCGCGCGUAUGGCUGAGCCGAGCUUCGGUGGCUUCUGGAGCGCCUGGUCCGAGCCUGCGUCGCUGCUGACAGCUAGUGACUUGGACCCUCUCAUCCUGACGCUCUCACUCAUCCUCGUGCUCAUCCUGCUGCUGCUGGCCGUGCUCGCCCUGCUUUCCCACCGCCGGACUCUGAAGCAGAAGAUCUGGCCUGGUAUCCCAAGCCCCGAGAGUGAGUUUGAGGGCCUCUUCACCACCCACAAGGGUAACUUCCAGGUGUCUCCAGCGCCCAGAACAGUGACUAGAUGGUUGCAGAUUUUCAAUAUAUGCUUGUUAAAUGAAUGAGUGAAGAAAGGAAGAUAGGAUUUUUGAGAAACUGGGAGAGGAGAAACAAGGUGAGUGGUUAAGUGAGGGUUGGCUGGGUCUCCUCACCCAGACCUCGCCCCAGAGCUGCCAAUCACCCCUGUUGCCCUGGCAACUCUCUCCUGGUAACUUCAAAGUGGUGCUGUUGCCAGGAGACAGAGGGGCGGGGUGGAACUGAUAUUUCCUGGGCUUUCUCUCUCCCUCUGGGGCCAGAAAACAGAUCCGCCACAUCCCGCAAUACAUCCACCCACACAGCUGGGCACCUCACACACCCCCCCUUACACACGUGUGCGCGCACACACCCACACGCAUCUCUGCCUAUAUUCCACUUUCAAAAGCCCCAUCACCCACAUGCUCACAGCCCUAUCCUAACACAAAACAUCCCAUACACACUUUCUCUCACUCUUAUGUCCCCACACUCCUUCCCUUGCACACACACAAGAACACACUCUGAUACAACCAUACCAUUGCUAUUACACACGCACACACCCAGACACAUUUCCUUAGCUAAUGUGACUGCAGCUCUUUCUGUACACACACACACACACACACACACACACCCCACCGUGUUGCAUUCCUUGUCAGAGGCAUCACCUCAAUCCCCCCGCAGCAGAUGCACAACCAUGAUUCACCUCACUUCGCAACACUCCAAAUGCACAAACACCCAGUAGUGACACGUAUAUCACGUCGUCGUGCAGUUACGUACACAAGAGCAUGUCCAACACAGCCCCAUUGCACUCACUAUUCCCUUGCUGAGGGAACUCAGCUCCCAAAUAUCCCUGUGGCUCAUUUCCCCACACCAUUCAGGUCAUGGUCAAAUAUCACCUCGUUACAGAGGCUUUCCCUGAUCACCUGUGUAACAUUGCACGCCCUACACUUUUUAACGGCUUCACCGUCUUUGUUUUCAAAUAACUUAUCAUUUCCAAUGUCUUGUUCUUCUUGCCUCCCUCCUCACUAGAAUGUCAGCUCCACCAGGGAGGUUCUUUCUUUUGUUCCCUGCUGGGCCCCCAGCUCCUAGAACAGUACUCAGCACACAGCAGGUGCUCAUAAGUGUAGACUGAGUACGUUGGCAGAGAUGCAGAGGUUUGGCAUGUUUCUUGUACACACAGUACUUCUUUCUUUUCUCAGAAGCCUGUCUUCAUAUCCCGAUGGAAGGACUUUUACCACAGAGAAGGUCCUGGGAGGGAGGACCAAAGGGUGAGGAGACUGGGGAGUAGACAUCUCAGUCAGUCUGUGUUUCUCCCUUGUUUUUCAGCGUCACGUGAUUAAAUAAUUCAUUUAACAAAAUUUUAUUGAGGACCUACUGUGUGUCGGACCCUGUUUUAGGCCCUGGGGCUUCAGCAGUAAAAAGACAAAGAAGUCUCUGUCCUCGUGGACCUGACUUCCUAGUGAGGGGGAAGAUAAUGGCCACUAAGCAUAAAGAGGAGUUUAAGUAGUCUAUGAGUGGAUAAGUGUAUGCAAAAAAUUUUGCCCAGGGGGGGGAAAAAAAGCUGAAAGGACCAGUUGUUUGUUUCUUGCCAUUUUAAAGAGGGUGGUGGAGGGGGCAGGUCUCAAUGAGAAGGUGACGUUUGAGAAGAGGCUUGAAGGAGCUGAGAGAGUAAACCAUGUAGAGCACGGACGGAGAGCAUUCCAAGUGGAGGCACCUGCAAGUGCAAAGGCCCUGAGACACUGGGAGCACUUUGACUUUUACCAGGAUGCAUGGGAACCAGCCAUGAGAGGUUUUGAGCAGAGGUAGGUUGUGGUCUGACUUGCAUGAUAAACCAGAAUUCAGUUUUGGUUGAGUUUGAGAUUCUGUGAAGUGUACAGGGCAUGUCAACAAAUCUUUUGAGUAAGUACAUAUACCUUGGUCUGGGUUUUCUACCUAAAAUUAUCCAUCCUGGGAUGGGGUGUGGACAAGGUAAGGUCGGCCGUCUCCACCCCCUCUAGCAGGCCCAAACACUUCUUUGUGUCCGGCGGCCUUCACUUUACCCUUUCUUAGCCAGCACUUGGUUUCAGAACCACGGACAGCGCCAGCUGGGUUGGCUGGAACGCUGUCCGCUGUGCUGAAGUUUUGCUUCUUUCCUGGCCCGUGUGGAGGUAGCUGUGUAACAGAAGGAACCAAGGUCUCAGGGGUGGGAUCCCUGGAAAUAGAAGCUCUGUUCGGUGAAGAAGAGGGCUCCGUGAUUCUCUCUCUCCUCUGCCUUAAGCCCUCUCAUGCCCCCAUAUAAUUCCCCAUGGCCCACAAUCAGCCCUGCCACCUACCCCACCUCCUCUCCUAUCUGCCCCCUGCCUCGUUCAGCUCCAGCUGCACAGGUCUCCUCACUGGUCCCUGAACACAGGGGGUUGGUUUCCACCUCAGAGCUUUGGUGCUUGCUGUUCCCUCUGCCUCAAACGUUCCUUCCCCCCUGCCUAUUUACAUGGCUCUCUCCCUCCCUCCUCAUGCUUUUGUUUGUUUAUAAGCAGGCUUCACGCCCAGCAUAGAGCCCAACUCAGGGCCUGAACUCUUUAUA